CUUCAUUUUGUGAACAUACGGCAAUCAAGGUUGCCAAAAUACUUUUCAAUCUCUCGGACCAUUUUUUCCUGUUCAUUGAUCUCGAUGAUUCUUUAGUCUCUGGUGUCUUUUUAAAAGUGUCUUCUGAAGUUUUUUAGUUAGAAUCAGUGCCGGUUUUAGCAAUAUUGGCGCCCUGGGCAAGAUUAUCGCCCAUUCAGGGGCUCCAAAUUUUUAAGAAAAAAAGAUAAUGUAAUAAUAUGAAAAAUUGUUAAACUACAUAGCAGCUUUAUUAAUCUAAACGAAUAUAAAUGAAUAAAUAUUAGGGACACCAGAUCUAGCCCGCCCGCGCCCCACCCAAACGCCGGCCCUGGUUAGAAUUAUAGAAAAUUUGCAACGCGUGGAUCCGUGUUCCGCAUAAGAUUUGCACUUUGUUGUUCGUGUCCUUGAUGUCUACCCAUUGAAAUUCAGUGUAAAAAUCGUGCACUUCGAUCGAUGAAUAAUCGAACUUCCAUGGAAAACGUGUAUCUGCACGUGCUCCAGCUCUUUUUCAUUAGCUGUGUCAAUGAACUAAUUCGUGACUAAAAGCUUUUCUGAAACAUCCUUCGAAUAUCUAUUUAGAUUUUCAAGGCAAUAAAUUCCGCAAUUAGGGCGCCUCGUUUGCUCAAGCCCAUGGAAUCCCACGUUCAAGUGUAACCCAUUCCGCGAAGAGCGAUACCGGAAGCUAUCGGCAACUGGGCUGUGUUUGUUUGCAAAAUAUUCACGUGGCUGAGCACGUGUUUAACGUUUUAAUAGAAUCCCACCGAUCAUCGGUUCGUCGAAUUUUUCGAGCGAUCCUUCGGAAAAGUGAUAAAAGUGAAGAAGAAAAUUUGUGUCAGGCGACGUAAUCUGGAAAGCUUCCGAUAUUUUAUGCUUUCAUAGAAAAUUGGUCAGCCAUUUCUUUUUUAUCCGUCUUGUUCCAUCUACUAUCUGACAGAACAAAUAGGGAAAUUGCGUUAUCCGGUCGAGGUUCAUAAGAUAACACUUGCUCCCGUUGUCCUUGUCCCGUCGUCGUUUCGAAAACUUCCAUCCGUUUACUCUGAUGUCAAUCAAUUUUCUGAUUCGAAAAUCAUUCGAAGUGUUUGUCGAUCGAUUUCAAUAAUAUUUUGCAAAUAGGUCAGGAAUUGAUAAAUAUUCGUGACAUAUUGAUCGAAAUUUUUAAAAUUUUAUUUCAGCAAUUAACAGGAGAAGAACAAUUAAUCCCUGAUAAAUUUUACAGUCUCAGAUAAGACAAGAACAUUGUUACAAUCUAUUACGAUUUGAUACAUUUACGUAGCCUGAGAAAAGUGGGUUUUCCAUAAGAAAUAAUUUUCAAGAAAAUUUUUCUUAUUGUUAGAGACAACGUUUUAUUGUUUCGUGAGAUUCUAUUCAGACUCCUGGGAAUGCUGUAACAAGAUCGUAAAAGGUGUUUGCGAACGAAUGAAACCAUCAAAGCGAUCUAGAAUAAAUUAUCUGCAAUUACGUUGCAUCCAAUUGCAUCGCAAUUAUCCAUUCGCGAGCGUACGAGCGAAAUUUUAUCGGUCUCGCUGACGUCGCGAGGAGCCUUGAAAAAUACUCCAUUCUAGAAAACAAAAAGAAUUUUCAUCUUUUUCUUUAUCAGACAUCUUAGUGUUUUAUUAGCGUAUGUAUUUAUUUAGUCGAUUAACGCUCCGCAAGGUGGUGCACUCUUGCAAGAUCAUAUUCCUCAUUUUUCUCUCGAAUAUUUAUGUUAGAUUACCGAUAUCUUUUAAAAAUGCGAUUGAAAGUGUGUUGAAUAAUAGAAACUUGGAGAUAUCUGGAAAAUGAAUGAAGUUAUGAAACAACGAUGGAAUAUUUGUCGAAUCGCGUGAUAGAAAAAGGAAUUUAUUUGAAAUUGUGCAAAUUAGAACGAGGAAGCUUCUAAACGCCCUAAUUCCUGGUGUUACAUCACUGAAAAUAAUUUUAAAAAACUGAUUCAGCACUUUCAUGAAGUAUGUCAGGAGUCUUUUGGUAAAAAUAACAAUGUCCAGACAGUACAUUAUCAUCGAUGAUAACUUAUCUGAAAAAAACAACUUCACCUAUUUUGAAAUAACCAGCAGCAUAAAUUAUUUCCAGCCCGGUAGCUUACACAGAAAUAAAAUUGAUAAGUUUGUUUGAAAAUUAAGUGAACGCCUCAUCCUGUGAAGCUCUCUGUACAUAAACAACGGAAGCCCCUGAUCAGAGUUUCUCAGGCAAUGAGAAGCACAAAAGCAGGAAGAGUGACUUGCUCAAUCAUUAUCGAUUUUCUGACGUUAUCUUGAACGUGCGACCAUCUAACAAGGUGAUCCAAUGAUUUACGAUCAAUCUUCUUAUCUUAUGACGCGAGACAAUGUAAACACGGGGAUGUAAUUUAGAAACAACGUUACGCCUUGUGCAUCAAUGAUCGUCGACAUUAAGAUUCUAUAACCGGUGGGACAGGUGCCGUCAUCGUAAAGUCAAUUUAUUACCAAUUUCUGUCAAUUUCAAUGUGCAGCACGUUUAGAUAUCAUAAAAACUUUUAUUUCCUAUGUACAGAUGAGAAUUGAUCAUUUUGAAUGUAGGAAUCUAGGGAACCCUAGUUCGGAGGACCUUUUAGACUUAAGGAAUCUAGGGAAUCCUAGAUCAGAGGACUCCUUUGAUUUAAGAAAUCUAGGGAACCCUAGAUCAGAAGGCCCUUUGAACUUAAGGAAUCUAGGGAACCCUAGAUCAAAAAGUCCUUUGGACUUAAGGAAUCUAGGGAACCCUAGAUCUGAGGGCCCUUUGGACUUAAGGAAUCUAGGGAACCUUAGUUCGGAGGACCCUCUGGAUUUGAGGAAUCUAGUGAACCCUAGAUCGGAGAGCCCUUUGGACUUAAGGAAUCUAGGGAACCCUAGAUCUGAGGGCCCUUUGGACUUAAGGAAUCUAGGGAACCCUAGAUCAAAAGGCCUUUUGGACUUGAGAAAUCUAGGGAACCCUAGAUCAGAGGGCCCUUUAGACUUAAGGAAUCUAGGAAACCCUAGAUCUGAGGGCCCUUUGAACUUAAGGAAUCUAGGGAACCUUAGUUCGGAGGACCCUCUGGAUUUGAGGAAUCUAGUGAACCCUAGAUCGGAGAGCCCUUUGGACUUAAGGAAUCUAGGGAACCCUAGAUCUGAGGGCCCUUUGGACUUAAGGAAUCUAGGGAACCCUAGAUCAAAAGGCCUUUUGGACUUGAGAAAUCUAGGGAACCCUAGAUCAGAGGGCCCUUUAGACUUAAGGAAUCUAGGAAACCCUAGAUCUGAGGGCCCUUUGAACUUAAGGAAUCUAGGGAACCCUAGAUCAAAAGGCCGUUUGGACUUGAGAAAUCUAGGGAACCCUAGAUCAGAAGGUCCUUUGAACCCAAGGAAUCUAGGGUACCCUAGACGCUAUUCUCCUCCAGAUAGAUAAUCUUCCACUUUCUUUAGAGAUAACUCAGGUUCUGGAUUAUCUAAACUCAAAUAAAUCUCUUAAUUUACAAAUCAUAAUUAAUUUUACAACUGAAAAAAUCGAGACGACCGAGGUUUGACAGCUGUUCAAAUCCAUUAUUCAUCUCCCGGAUCAGUUUAACAAACAUAUGGUAACCGGGAAUAAGAAUAAUUGAGUACUUAAGUUCGCUUAAAUCCCUUAUUUACCUAUCUAAUCAAUUAUUUAGACUAUCGUCGGAACAAACUAGGCAAAAGAAGAUACCCUCGCGUAGGUAGGUGUGUUUACAUUAAGCUAUCAGCCUGCCAAACAAAUAUCGUACGGCUUAAAAUGGCUAAUCAGUCGCAAGACA